UGUACCCCUAAACUAUCUGCUAUGAUAAAGAAUCUUAAGGAGCAAGGUGUUAUGUUUCCAGUUAUUGGUUCACAGGCUGCAGAACAAGCAAAAGCAAGCCCAGCUCUAGUAGCUAAAGAUCCUGGAAUAGUAGCAAACAAAAAGGAAGAGGAGGACCUAGCUAAAACCAUUGAAUUGUCACUUAAGGAACAAAGACAACAACAAACACCGCUUUCCAGUCUUUAUCCAAGCACCUCAAGCCUCUUAACAAAUCACAAGCAUGAGGGCCGAAAGGUUCGGGCUAUUUAUGACUUUGAAGCUGCAGAAGAUAAUGAAUUAACAUUUAAAGCUGGAGAACUUAUCACUGUGCUUGAUGACAGUGAUCCAAACUGGUGGAAAGGUGAAACUCAUCAAGGGACAGGAUUAUUUCCUUCUAAUUUUGUAACUGCUGAUCUUACUGCUGAACCAGAAAUGAUGAAAGCCGAUAAGAAAACAGUGCAAUUUAGUGAUGAAGUUCAAGUUGAAACAAUUGAACCAGAGCCUGAACCAGUUUAUAUCGAUGAAGAUAAAAUGGACCAACUGUUACAAAUGUUGCAAAGUGCAGAUCCAACUGAUGAUCAGCCAGACCUCCCGGAGCUGAUCCAUCUUGAAGCAAUGUGCCAUCAAAUGGGACCUCUCAUUGAUGAAAAGCUAGAAGACAUUGACAGGAAACAUUCAGAGCUCUCAGAGCUCAAUGUUAAAGUGAUGGAGGCACUCUCUUUAUAUACCAAGUUGAUGAAUGAGGAUCCAGUGUAUUCGAUGUAUUCAAAACUACAAAACCAACAGUAUUAUAUGGCUCAAUCUGGUGUUUCUGGCUCUCAGGUUUAUCCAGGGCACCCUCAAAGCAAUGCAUACUUGGUAGCAGGAAAUGCACAGAUGAGUCAUGUUCAAGCUUACAGUCUUCCAUCGGAGCAACUUCCGCCUCUGAAUCAAAGCACAGUUCCUCCAGCAGCAAGCUCUGGAUUACCUACCCAGCCUGUUCAGACACCUUACACAAAGUAAUAAUGGAUGUUGUUU